AUGAGCGCCACGGGCUCCGCGUCGGCCGCGCCCGCGGGCGUGUACUCGUUCCCGCUGCUCAAGCCGCGCGAGAUCUUCGCGUGUCUGCGCGAGAUGCGCGUGCCCGUGUCCGAGGACGAGAUCCGCGCGUGCGACGUGGGCGCCGUGCGCAAGGUGCUGGAGGCCUUCAUCGAGUCCACCAUGGGCGUGACGCGCGAGGACAUGGCGCAGAUCGCCUUCCCGGGGCUGCCCACGCUGAGCUUCCCGGAGCUGCACGCCGAGUCGGUGCCCGAGCUCACCUUCUACCGCACGGCGCAGCGGCUGCUGGCCGCCUGCGGCGUGGACGACUUCGGGCUGCGCGACGUGCUGCACCCGACGCCCAAGCGCGUGCGGCGGCAGCUCAGCGCGCUCAUCAACUUCGCCAAGUUCCGCGAGGAGCGGCUGGCCGCCUUCGGGGAGGUCACGCGCGAGACGGACGAGCUGCUGCUGCGCAAGAAGGCGCUGCAGGACGAGAACGCGGCGCUGCAGCGCGAGCUGGACCAGCUGCUGGAGGAGCAGAAGGACGAGGAGCCCGUGCGCCUGGAGCUCGAGAAGGAGGUGACGGAGCUCGACCGCGAGAUCGACAAGCUCAACAAGAAGCAGGCCGAGAUGCACCACGAGACGAGCGAGAUGAAGGUCGCGCGCAACAAGAUGCUGGACGACGUCGCGUCCGCCAGGUUCAACAAGCUCCAGGCCGAGGAGGAGAUCGAGCGGCUCAAGGGCCUGAUCGUCACGUCGCCCGACCGCGUCAAGGGCGAGCUCAAGGCCAUCGCUGAGAACGUGGAGAAGGCCAAGGAAGACCUGAACGAGCUCGAAGACAAGCAGAACAGCGUGCUCGCCUUCAUCGAAGUGUACGAGCGGGCGGAGAAGGAGCUGGCCAGGACGUUUGCGCUGCUGGGCGAGAUCGAGCAGGAGAUGAAGGCCUGCAAGGAGGCCAAGCACCAGGUCAAGACCACCAAGACGCGGAUCACCGAGCUUCAGCACCGAACGGCCGAGACCAUCACGCGUCGACAGCGACUGGAGAAGGUGGUGGAGCUCAAGAAACGCGAGCUGGAGAGGUACAUUGCGGAUUCGCGCAUGAAGGAGGAGAUGGAGGCCGCUCGCUUUGAAGCCCGCCAACGUAUCACUCAGAAUACUGAUGCUAGUCGCAAGGUGGAGCUCAAGAUGAAGGAGGAUGAAGCGCGCUACCAAAAAGAGCUGAAGGAGCUGGAGCAGAUGUAUUCGCGUGUUCAGCAAGCCGCUGAAUACUACAACAAGCAGGUACUCGACGCCAUCCGAUCAAGCUCGUAG